AUGACAGAAUUUGAGACUUUGAGGCCCACAAAAGGCAAACCUUAUUUUAUACAAGGAGAGAGUCGGAUGAUGAGAAAAAUAGAUAUAUCCCACUCAGAUAAAGUUAAAAUAGCCACGGAUUAUACGUCUGAUGUUAGGAUUAUGAAAGAUAUUGUUAGGAAACACUGGCCCGUACUUACAAGUGACCCGCAUAUAAGAGAGUUGGUUGGAGAAGAACCAGUAUUUUGCUAUAGAAAUAAGAAGUCACUAAAAUGGCACCUUUGUUAUGCUAGUAAAGAGAAGAAAGCAAAAGAAAAAGAAGAACAUGUAGGAACAAUACCAUGUGAUGCACUAAAGCUAAAAUAUUCUGUUUACGAAGAACAAGGAAAUGGUUACGUUAUUUCGGAUAUCGGGAAUGACAUCGGACUGGACCCUCAAACACUUAAAACCCGCAGAGCACGCACCGUUUCCGAGGGUGGAACCCAGUACUUUGAAAUAAACCUUAACAAUGGAAUGUUGUUAGGAAAGGAAAACAUAGACCGGGAUGAAGUAUGUGGUCAGAGUAGUCCGUGUAGAUUGUACUUCCAGGUUAUUAUUGAAAAUCCCUUGCAUCUUUAUGAGGGUGAAGUCGAAAUUCUGGAUUUAAAUGACAAUGCACCACGAUUUCGGAAAAAGAUGUAUGUAUUGGAAAUAAAUGAAUUUACUGCACUGGGAACCAGAUACUCCCUAGAAAAGGCACAAGAUUUAGACGUGGGGAUCAAUGCAGUCCAGGACUAUCAGGUGACCCAGUCUGAGUACUUUCAGAUGAAUACCCAAACUGGAAUCGAUGGUAAUAAAUAUGCUGAACUUGUGUUAGUGAAGCAGCUGGAUUAUGAAAAGAUAGAUACAAUAAUUUUACAUCUGAUCGCCAGAGAUGGUGGUAAUCCUCAGAGAACUGGGACAACAGAAGUGCACAUUACUGUUUUAGAUGCGAAUGAUAAUUAUCCUGUAUUUAAUCAGACAGUUUACAGAAUUAGACUUGCAGAAAAUACCGCAAAGGACUUUGUGGCUCUUAAAGUUACAGCCACUGAUUUGGAUGAAGGAUUAUAUGGUGAAAUUGAGUACUCGUUUAGUCGUAUCUCUAAUGCGAACACCAAAAAAUUUAAAUUAAAUGAGCAAACUGGGGAGAUAAAAGUUGCAGAAAUGCUAGACUAUGAAGAUAAUAAAGUUCAUGAGAUGGAAGUACAAGCAGAAGAUGGUGGUGGAUUAACAGCUCACUGUAAAGUUGUGUUUGAGAUAAUUGACAUGAAUGACAAUGCUCCUGAAAUCGUUGUGUCCUCUAUUACGAGUCCUCUUCCAGAAAACUCAUCUCCUCCAACAGUGAUAGCUCUUCUGAGCGUCAGAGACCGGGAUGAUGGAGAAAAUGGGAAAGUGCAUUGUUCCGUUAUAGACCAACAGCCUUUCAAAUUAAUUCCAUCUUUGAAAAAUUUUUAUGAAUUGAUAUCAGUUGAACAACUUGACCGGGAAGAAAACUCUGACUACAACAUCACUAUAGUAGCAGUGGAUGGUGGGUCACCUCCAUUAUCUUGUACAACAGUCAUUCAUUUGCAGGUUUCAGAUGUAAAUGACAAUCCACCCAUAUUUACUCAAACAUCCUACAUUAUAUACACAAAAGAGAAUAAUAAUCCCGGUUCUUUCAUUGACUCAGUGAAAGCCUUUGACAGUGACUCUAACCACAAUGCCCAAAUUGUUUAUAAGGCUGUUGGAAAUCAGGCUCUUGGAUUAUCGCUUUCUAGUUUAAUCUCGGUUAAUUGGGAUACUGGUGACAUCUACGCAACUCGGUCAUUUGACUACGAGAAAAUUACUCACUUCCAAUUUCUUAUUAAGGCACAAGAUUCCGGAUCUCCUCCACUUAACGCCACUGUUCCUGUAACUAUUCAUAUUUUAGAUGAAAAUGACAAUGCACCUACUAUCCUUCAUCCUUUGCCAAAUAAUAGUCACUUAGCCACUGAAAUAGUACCAGUUGCCGCAGAUGCAGGUCAUGUUGUUACUAAAGUAGUAGCUGUUGAUGCUGAUUCUGGCCAGAACGCAUGGCUGUCCUUUCAACUACUCAAGGCAACCGAUCCUAGUCUUUUCACGGUGGGGGUUCAUACUGGAGAGAUAAGAACAGCAAGGCAAACUACAGCCAAAGAUGGUAACACACACAGACUGAUUGUAGUUGUUAAAGACAAUGGACAACCGCAGUUAUCCUCAACUGCUUCACUAAAUAUAUUAGUAGCUGAACACUUCUCAGGUGCUUAUUUGGAAAAUGCUGACGUGGAAAACUUGGAGGACUAUGAUCAAAGGUUAACAGUUUACUUAAUUAUUUCCUUGUGUGUAAUUUCAUCUUUGUUUCUAGCUGGCUUAUUAGUGCUGUUAUCUUUAAAGGCAUACAGAGUUUACAGUAGAAGGCACUGUGUUUCCUCUGGAUUGAAAUUUACUACUUCUGGCUAUUUAGACUGCGGGGGUAAGGAAUCUCUGCCACGCAAUCAUUUUCAUGAAGUUUGUUCAACCACAGAAAUACAAAAUCCUGAACGACAGAGGUCUAGAAUUAUUAAUCAACAUGGUUCUGUAACAAGGGAAGAAAAUCACUUAUCCCAUGUACUUGUUGAUAUUAGUAGUAAACAAGAGGCCAUCUCCAGCAUGCUGUCUGAAAAAUACUGGACUUCAAUGUUGGAUUAUCAGGAUUAUUUGAAGGUCAUUCAGGAGGCUGUACAGGCACUGACCCCCCAGACCUUAUAA